UGAAAGCUCGACGGUGUACCCCGAAUAUGAAACAAUUCCAGUGGUUCGUUCAUUUUGCUCGCGUCAUUGUUUUUCAUUUGAUCUAUUAGAAGAAGAAGUGAAAAAUAAACGGAGCCAGGAAUAUUCAAAGCAAGUGACAGAUAUCGAGUGUAUAAACGAUAAAAAUCGACAGGACGUCAUCUAUUCGAUUUACGUUUGAAAAGUUGGUGGUGGUGAUAGUGGUGACAAAGCAACAUGGGUAAAAAACGACGAAAGAAUAAACCACGCUUAAUACCCGAACAGGAUAGACGAAUUUGUGGUUCGAUUUGUUUGUGCCAACUGACCAUUGUGCUGUCAUGUGUAUCGAUUGUGUAUUUAAGUGUGGCUAUUUAUAUGCCGACAUACAAAGCAUUUAAAUCGGGAUUCGAAGAGGAGCCAGUGAUGUGCCAAACAUACCACACGUUUUACGAUAAAAACUACUGUCCAUGGGUGAGCUGUGGCGAAUGGUGCCUAACGAAAACCAGUGGCUUUUGUCCACAAAUGUACGCCACUUCACGGCGCAAUGGUACCGAUGUCGUUUUAGAAAACUGCACUCGCAUCACAACGACCAACUGCCCGGAGGUUAAACAUGAGGUAUAUAAAUCGAAAUACAAUUGCAACAAUGGUACGGAAUGUGCAGCGCUUACGGGGCUUUUCGAUUGUUCGCUGGGUCAUUGUCGGAAUGUUUCAACGCAUUUUUUGUGCCUUUAUCACGCGGACGGCAUAACAAUUGAUGCGGAACGGGAUAACAUGAAAUUGAAUGGGUUUUUCGACUGCAAAAAAUCGCGAUGUACUAAGGUGAACAAACCACCCACACGAUGCGAUCGGUAUUGUCCGAAAGUCACCACAACCGCUGUCAAUAUACUCAUAAUGGUGGACGACUCGUUGAUUACAGCCGAAUGCGAUGUCGGAUUUGGGUACAAUGAAGCGAGAGGAAAUCAACCAGGCGUUAGGCUUGAAGAACGAAAACAAAUCUGGAACGAAAACGAUGGAAUUCUUCUGGCCAGUUGCUUUGAUGCGGUUAAAGAUGGCGACAAGAAUUCAUUGAGGGCGACCGAUUGUAUCAACGGAACACUGCUGAAAGAUGAGACCAUUUUACCGAAACCAUUUAUGAAUUUUACACAAUUUUGGAAAAUUUACAAUGACAGCAAAACUUAUCUCGACCCUACUGACAGAUUUUUGCCAAAACAAUCGAGCUUAACCAUUUACAACUCGAGCAUAUUGCUCGUCAAUCUCGAGGGAUGUGUCAACACAUUGAGAGAAGAAUGCACGGAUUUUUUGCAUUCGCACGGUCGUGACGGGAUCAACCAUACGGCACAGUCACGUUACCUAUGCUACUACAAUAAGAUGGAUCCCACGAAAGUACUAGCACGUUUCGAUUUGAAGACAACAUGGAAUCAUUUCAUGAUCUUCUUCGGUGUUCCAUCCGUAUUAUUUGUCAUAUCAUUCAUUUCACUGUGCGUCAUAACGCGUUCGGUAAAGGUGGGAGAUGAUGCAAAAAUGCGAUGCAAAUACUGUACGGAUGAAACUUCGGAUAUUGAUGACAUUGACGAACUCGCCAACAAAUGCGUUCAACAGCUGAAUGCCAUCCAAGAAAGCGUAAAUGAACAGGAGCACAUGGAUCAACCCAGUACAAGCAAAUCAUACUAUCAGCCAUCGGCACCACCAUAUAAUGAACCGAGAGCAACGACCAGCAAAGCAGCAUAUGAAGAACAAGACACAUCCGGAGCAAUUGCACCGCCAAUUAAUUUAAGUCCAUGCACCGAAACCACCGAGAAAAGCAGCACCUCAACAAACAUCGAACUCAAACAAGCCGAAGACAAACCGUUAGUUAUAUUCUAAAUGAAUGAAAACAAAUCCAUUACGGAGUAAACAAAAAUCAUUUUAAUCCGAAACACAAUUCCACGGACUGGGAGCAAUCGAAAUGAUUUUAAUGCGGCUACAGACAAACCUACAAAUAAAUCGAACAGUAUUUUAUGACAAUUUACAUAAAUUUUAGCACGUAUCAUAAACAAACAAAAAUGAAUCAAGUGUUGUGUCAAAGAGGUUACUCGUAGUGAAAAACCGAUGCAAAUUGUGACAAAACAAAAAUCAACUCACCGAACAAACACAAAUAGAACAUUUACAGUUUUUUUUCCUAUCUCAAUUUCUGAACUUUCAAAACAUUUUCAAAAUAGCAUAGACAUGAGAUAGCCAGAAUUUCAUAGUGACUUUUUAUAUAUACAAUUUUACCCCCAAUCAAUAGAUCGACAUUUUUUGAAACAAAUAUUUCAACUUCUUAAAGUUAAAAAAAAAACAGUUUUAUUGAACACUUGAAGUUUCCCCCACUGAAUGUGACAAAACUCUGACUACCUCACUUUCAAAGAACAACAAAAAAUAAAGAGAAAUAAAAGAUAUUUAGCAAUCAAACAAAAAUCAACGAUGAACACAACAUUUUACUAAAUUCGAUACUUUCAGCGCUGGAAAAACUAUGCGCCUUGUUUUCAUGUCUCUCGAAAUGUUUGUAUUUAUUAAUGGCAUGUGCAAACAUAUGAUGGAAAAAUAUUAAAAUCAAACCGAAAAAAGACUUCUUUAGCGAAGAAAAUAAUGGUUUUAAGACUCAGAACCAAAACUCUUUACUUCUGUUAGAUUCUGUUUUAAAGAUGAAUAUUUUAAAAUUUUAAUAGAACCAAUAAAAUCGUUCACACAUGGAGUCUGUGCCACGGACAAACCGAAGUGAUUGCGACAUUUAUAAAAUGUUAUCCUAUCAUGAAUAAAAAAAAUUUCAAAGCGGCUUGCAAAAAUUGAGAAGAAAGAAAAUUGCGGCUAAAGCAUUUAGUAAAGACCAAACUCAUGACUAAAUGCACGCUACAACACGCAUUCAACCCCAAACAAGUAAAUUAUUAAUCCUAUGCUACAAUUUAGUCUGAUAGUAGAAUUAACAAUUUGACAAAAAAAAUUAUUUCGUUUAUAUUAUAUGUCUGUCUGUCUGAAUAUUUAGAGUCUUUAGAAAAAAUUAUAGUUGAACACAACUUUCCGAUCUUUAUAUAUUUGUAUGUUGACUGUGCCUUCAGUGUUUAUGGAAACGUUAGUCAUGUUCAAACAAAUAACCACAAGAGUAGAAAAAAGUGGAUGUGUUUUUAGGAUUUAUAAAAGUCUAUGCAGCAUGGUCGAUCAUUCCGACGUAAACCGCAACUGAUAAAUUACCCACAGCAUUUUAAUCAAUUUGUGUGCUUUUUAAUUCGCAAGCAAAUAAAUUCUAUUUUGUAUCUUUAAAUUAUGAGAUUUAAACAAUUGCAAUUUAUCGAAAAUCGAUCUACUGUACUCGUACUGUUGCAACUUGCUUUUUUAAAAAUGAAACACUCUUGAUUUACUAGAAUAAACAAAAAUAUCCGCUGCUUUGUGCACUUUCUAAAUCUAUAUAUCUGUAGGCUAAAUCAUAAUUUUACUUGAAAUAAAAUAGUCGAUUAAGAAACGAUAACUAAACAUGUGUGUUUUACUCAAAUGAAAAAUUCAGCAGCAGUGUGACCAAAUGAAACUGACCUGAUAGUAUCUUUUGUUUAGGUCAUUGAAAUAAUUUUACUUUUUAUCCUUGCAAAUUGUCUCAUCUUCAUUAUGCCCAUAGGUUCUGGCGCACCCUGAUGUGCUUGAUGAAAAAUGUGCUGUAGCC